CGCAGGGCUCGGCAGUAUUGAGCCUUUCGGCAGCGCUGUUGCGCUUUCUCUACCUGCCGGGUAACGGAGGCGUCGUGCCUUCUUCCUCGCGUACCGCAAGCGGGGGGUCCCGGCCCGGGGCGCCCUAACGGAGAACCGUUUGUUACAGGUCCGCGGCCGCCGCGAUCAUGAAAACGAGCUUCUUCCACAUAAUCAAAAACAAAACAGAACUCAUUCCCCUGGUUGGAAUAAUAUCCUUCGCAGCUAUUGGAGCAUUCUCUUUUUCCAUCUAUUCCUUAUUCUGCAAAUCUGAUGUGAUCAUUAACAAGAGUAGCAAUCCAGAACCAUGGGAAACUGUUGAUGCUACCAAGCCUCAGAAGCUAUUAACAAUUCGUCAGAAAUGGAAACCUAUAGAAGAGCUGGAAAAUGUCAAAAAGCUUACGAAGUAACAAGUUUCUGUUGCCUCAAAAAGGUACCCUAUGAAUCUAGUGGAACCACUUCUGCACAAACUUGACUACUGAAAUCAGUGUGCGGAAGUGCUUCUGCUACAUUUUUAGGGUCUCCCUACAUUUUUUUGGAAUCUGGAUGAGGAGUUCCAUAUUGCUUUAGAAGCUGGCAUGCAACAUACAGUCCAAAAAUCGGUCUCAAAUAAUUGGUUUUCUGUGUGCAUUUGAUGUCAAAUGUUGACUAUUCAGAUGUUAAUUAUAGAUGGAAAAGCCUUCACACUUUGUGUGGAAUAUUGGUUUUCUCAAAAACAUUAAUGUUGUAUAUAGUUUUAAUAAAAUAUAUUUUAAAAUUGCAUCUUUACAACAUUCCAUGAAAAUUUGAUAAAUGGAGAUUACCCAAAAGCCCUUCUAAAUUGGGAUUCCUGAUCUGCUCCCACUCUACGCUGUAUUUCAAUGCUCUAUACUGACCAAAUAGUCAUCAUAGCCUGAGGAUGUCUUUGUAUGGCAACAUAUGUGGUUAUAAAGUAUAUUAGCAUUUGUUUUUUGUGUUAGAUGUGAUGACUGUUUAAGUCAAAACUGAUGAUCGACUGCUAAUAUUAAAACUUAUACAUACACUCACUUUAAUUCAUGGAGGAGUCCACUAGGUUAUUUUAGGGUGUAUUUGAGAUUAGAGGAUUAGAACAUCAGAAUUAAGCAUGGGUAAAAGGGAAUUGGAAAUGAGAUCAUUUCUGUUGUAUUUAAAUACUGUUCAUGUUUCAAUUUAGAAAAAGUUACUGAAGUUUGGAACAGUCCAUUAUCCAGAACUAAUUACAUAAUGUUAAUUCUUUUUGUGCAAGGUGGUUCAUGUGGAAGCUUAAAUGAACUGUGCCAUUAACAAUACUUUUAAGCAUUUCUAGAUAUAGGCUACUGGGGACAUCUGCUUUAACAAAGAGAAAAUAACAGAUUUAAGUUCGGAAUGGCUCUAUGAAGAGCCAGUUCUGCUUUAAGCCUCUCCGUGUUUUCUUAAGGGUUGGCCAGGGUAGGAACGUCAUGGAGCAGACCCCCAGUACAUUAAUGAGGCAAUACAUAUAUCCAAUGGCAACAGUCCUUUUGUGGAUAUUUUCUGUACGUGUCCCCUUCCAAGCAGUUUCAUAAUAUAUUAAGAGUUUCUUUAACAACAGGUGGUCAGAAUGCAUAUUCCUUUCUGUAAGGAAGAAAGCAAAAGUGAAACAACUGCUAACUGGAAAAAGUCCCUGUAAGUGAGUAAUAGGGAAGUGUUUUAGGUUACUCUGGUGCAGCAUAGACAGCUUAGGUUAGCAAAGCUGUCUCCUGAAUUUUAAGGUAGUUUGGCUUCAGGAGCUUUAAGUUUAGUUAAGAUUUACUGAUGCUGAGGAAUAAAAAAAAAAUGUUAUCCCAUACUUGUGUGCAGAAGCAGCGUAAGUAUUUAUCAAGUAAGGAUGACUCAGCAGUGUCUAUGUUUUAGAGUAAGAGGAACUACACGACUUCAGAAUACAUUCAUAGCUUUCGUUUUAAGGAAUGACGUUACAAGAUAAUUGGAUAGCAUAUAACCACAGAAAUCCAGUGCUCAGAAGAAUACGAGUUCAAGUAUUUUAAUAGAAAUAUUUUUAAAUAUUUUCUGUAAGUUAUUCUGUAUUUCUGUUGGAUUGUAUAAAAAAAAAGUGCUGUGUUCUGAAUUGAUUCAUGAAUUAAAAUAGUUUGUUCUUCAGUAAA